GUGCGUUUUACGAUUCCAUAGCAGUGUUACGUGCUUGAAAGGCGCAAGCGUUCUGAUAUUAUUACAUCACGAUAUCGAAGAGUUUUCAUUUUUCGACUUUUUAAUCGAAAGGUAACAGACUAUAACGACGUAGAAGUCAACUACAUACAAAAGGCACAUAUAAAAAAGAAUUUUAAAAAUGCAAGCUGGUGAAAAAAGUGGUGAAUUUAUGCCAAAAGUUAAUUUGGAAAAGGACAAGAGUAAAUUGAAAUACGCAGAUUUGAUGUAUAUGAAACAAGCGGAAGAAGUAGCUGUCUAUCGAGCACUUAGAUAUAGGAAAACUCGUAAUCGUUGUACAGUAGCAGGUAUCUCUUUAGCUUGUCUUGUUGUAGGAAUUUAUGCGUACACAAUACAUGCUGUGAAGCAAGAAACAUUUUUGGAUGAUCUGAAUGAACCUGAAAAAAUAAUUGAUCCAAAUUCAAAGAGUAAUUUGUCUUAAGCUCGUAGAAUUUGAAAGUGUUGUGUGUUAUUUACACAAGAAAAGAAGAAAGUGAUGCGAUUAAUAUAAAUGAAUUGUAAACUAUACAAAUAAUUAUUAAU